GGGGCGUCCGCGCGGGUCGCCGAGUCGGGCUGUGCCCGAGCCUGCGCUUCCGGCUGGCGGUCCCGCUGCGCGUCCGUCCGUCCGUCCACCGCGCACCAUGGCCGCGCCGGCGCCGCGGGUCCUGCUGCUGCUGCUGCUGCUGCCGCCUCCGGGGGCCCACAGCGAGGUGUGCAUCGUGGCUGCUGGAGACAGCCUCUCCCCCAAGACCUGCCCCGUGUUCUGCUGCGGCACCUGCUACAGCCAGUACUGCUGCUCCGACGCCCUCAAGAAGCCCUUCUGGAGCAAGGGAGGCUGUGCCGACGUCCAGGACAGCUUGGCCAGUGUCAGGAAGAACCUGGAGGAGGCGGCCUCGUCGCUGGAGAAGUCGAACUCGUUGCUGGAGUUCACCUCCGACAUAGACAGUGACCCCCUGCCCGGGUUCGGGGCCACCAUUGCCAUCGGCCUGACCAUCUUUGUGCUCUUCAUCGUCACCAUCAUCGUGUGCUUCACCUGCUCCUGCUGCUGUUUGUACAAGAUGUGCCGCCGCCCCCGCCCGGUGGUGACCACCACCACGGCCACCACCGUGGUGCACACCCCGUACCCCCAGCCUCCAGGCGUGCCGCCCAGCUACCCCGGGCCGUCGUACCAGGGCUACCACCCCAUCCCCCCCCAGCCAGGGAUGGUGGCAGCACCCUACCCGGCGCAGUACCCACCGCCUUACCCGGCCCAUCCCGUGGGCCCGCCGGCCUACCACGAGACCUUGGCUGGGGACGCAGCCAUGGCCUAUCCUGCCAGCCAGCCUCCUUACAACCCAGCCUACAUGGACCCCCCGAAGGCCACCCGCUGAGCGCACUGCCUCUCUGGCUGCCACUUGAUGCCUCGCAUGUGUGCGUGCGUGCGUGUGCGUGUGCGUGUGUGUGCAUGUGUGUGCGGCUAUGCAGGCACGGCCUUUCUCCCCGUGCGGUGUGUAUGCCGUUUGUACACUUGUGAUGACAGGGUGGGACGCUCCUCACCAGAGUUGCUGGAACCGUACUUUGUUCUCUUCCUCACUUCAAAUUAUGCUUCCUUGACAUCUCAAGCAAAACUCAAAGAAUGGGGGGCGUUCCUGGCCAGACCGCCCAGGGAGGCCAGGUGGGGUCGUGGUCACUAGGACAGCCCAGCGUUUUGUGGGCAGAGCACACACACGUGGGGUCUGCAGUGGCCAGCCCCCAGAGGCCAUGCCUGCCCCCAGGUGUGGCCUCCCUUCCCGGAGCAGAGCUGGGAUGCGGGCAGUGGGUGGGGCCCGGCUAAGCUGGGUUUUGGUCCCCUCGUCCCCUGGAGCCAGGGGCAUUCCUGCACCCUCCCGGAGACCAUCUGGAGGCCACGCCCGCCUCGGUGCUGGCUGCCCUGCCCCCCGACACAAGUGGACAGGGUGGCCUCUGUCCACCUACACACUCAGGUGUCCUCCCUGCAGUGUCUUUGUUAUACUUUUAGCCAAACUUUUUUUUGCCUCUUUUCUGUUUUAAAAUGUUGCUGAGGCUGAAACCCCUGUGUCCUAGAGGGACACUGGCCCAGAGGAGAGGGACCAUCUGACCUGACAGUUCCUGCCUCCCUCACACCAGCUCCUGGACCCUAGUUCCACUGUCCUGGCAGCGGGGACAUGGCCACCAGCCUCUAGACCAAGGGGGUGGGGCCCCGGGGGCUGCUGGCCCAGACGCGAAUACCUCGGUGUCCCGUCUCUGUGACUGUCUCCAGAUCUGUCUCAACUUUGUACUGAUGAUGCGUUUCAGAGUCUGGGAUCUGCACCUUUGUUUAUAAUAAAGCAGACAUUUGGA